AUGUAUAUCGGAAGCUAUUCCCAGCUAACGUUUGGAUCCACCGAAGUAUUCUUCAUAUUUGACGAUGUCUUUGAAAUUCCCCUUGACCUCUCCACCUUGAAAGUCAACAAGCCGGUCCGCUUCAAGCUUCAUGUUGACAGGGAGCUGCUUCAGGUCACGAAGCAAAAACUCGCCUUAACAAGAUACCCGGAAGAACAGACUGACUUUGGACCGGAUAACUGGUCCCAGGGUGCUAAAGUACAUAAGGUCAAGGAACUCGCCGAAUACUGGCGAGACGUCUAUGACUGGGCUAAACAUGAGGAGAGACUAAACGACACCUUUGACCACUAUCUCGUCAAACUCCACGUGCCAGACUAUGGCCAUCUCGUCUUACAUUUCACACACGCCAUCUCAGAGAGGCCUAACGCCAUCCCCAUGCUAUUUUCUCACGGCUGGCCAGGGUCGUUUGUCGAAGCGGAAAAGGUUGUGGGCAAGCUCUCAAACCCCGAAAACUUAACAGAUCAGGCAUUUCAUUUCGUCGCACCCUCAAUCCCAGGUUUUGGGUUUUCGCCGGCCCCGGCGAGAUCAGGAGUGGGACCAACGCUUGUGGCAAGGGCUUACAAGAUUCUGAUGACCGACGUGCUUGAUUUUGAGCGUGAGGCUCUCCGCGUCCGUAGAAAUUUUGAGGUUGACCAAAGUGGCUAUUUGGAACAGCAGAAGACAAGACCUCAAACUCUCGGGUUUGCGCUUGGCGACUCACCUUUAGGGCUACUGGCUUGGUUUGUUGAAAAGUUCCACGAUUGGGGCGAUGUACAUGAAACAUUCACACACGACGAUAUCAUUACUCUUGUGAUGAUGCACUGGGUCCAAGGUGCGACGCCGGGUUUGAGAUUCUACCGUGAAGCAUUCGGAAAAGGUAUUAGAGAUGCCGACAAAACGUUUGAAACGUACGUGGCAUGCCCAACGGGCGUGAGCAUGUACGCAAAGGAGCAACUUCAUUGCCCCAAGGACUGGGCACAGCAGGUGGCGAACAUUCAAUAUUGGAAGGAGCUGUAUCAUUACGUUUUUGUCAGUGAACGCCUCGGGCGGCGCAAAUCUAUCUGGCUGGGAAUGGUGUUGGUUAUCGUUGGCGCAAUCUUGCAAACCAGUGCCUUCACUGUGCCUCAUCUCAUUAUCGGGCGUAUCAUCACAGGGUUUGGUACGGGCAUGAAGACGUCCACAGUUCCCAUGUACCAGUCUGAGCUAUGCGACCGGAAGGCGCGCGGCCGUCUCGUUUCGCGAGAAGUUCUCUUCGUCGGUGUCGGAAUUACUAUUGCAUAUUGGUUCGAUUUUGGAAUGUCCUUUGUCGGUGGUCCGAUUGCCUGGCGCCUCCCAAUCGCCUUCCAAAUGGUCUUUGCGCUGGUUGUCAUCGCCCUUGUGUUUGCUCUUCCCGAAUCCCCUCGAUGGCUAUUUGCACACGGUCGCCAGGAGGAAGCCAUCGACGUCCUUUGCCGUGUAUACGACCUGGAGCCCACCGAUGAAUAUAUUUCCGAGGAACGUGAUGCCAUUCUGGUUGCCAUACAAGACGAAUCCGAAACCAUUAAGAACAGCCCCUUAAGCAUCUUCAAGAAUGAUAAGUUCAGAACUCGAUACCGUGUGCUUCUGGCCGGCGGCAUUCAGUUCAUGAACCAAGCAGGCGGAAUCAACCUGGUCGUUUAUUACAUACCUUCAGUGCUUGUUUUGAACCUUGGCACGGCUAUCGGUGUUGGUUCCAACUGGCUGUGGAAUUUCACUGUUGUGAUGAUUACCCCUGUUCUCAUCAACCGACUCGAGUGGAAGGCCUACUUCGUCUUUAUGGCUACCAACGCUAUCUUUGUUCCACUCAUUUACUUCUUUUAUCCUGAAACGAGCAAUGUUCGGCUCGAGGAUAUUGACUCUUUCUUUACGUCCGGUCGAAACCCUGUUGCUGUUGCCAGAGAGUUCUCUAACAAGGCCAAGAAGGGAGGUGGUGUAGAUCCCGAAGCCCCCUCUUUCCGAGGCUAG